ACUAUUAUUUGGUGUUGAGCUUUAAUUCUGCUGCAAGGGGUUUUCUAACACGAUUUUCAACAUUCACUCUAGUCGCGCGUAACAUUACAACGAAAGAAAUCAAUUCAGCCGCAGCUGUGUCGUUUGUGACCAUAUGAAAAAGGAAUAAAAAUCGUGGUUUUCUGGGGCAUAUAACAAACAUCAAGUGAAACGUGAUUUAUAAACGAAAAACAGAGGAGGGGAACAUUAAGAAAAAAAAAGAGGCAGAAAACAAAAUUCAAGGAACAUCGUCAGUUAAGGAAAUGACAAAAGUUUUAGUUGAUUUCUUAAUGCAAAGAUUCAUAACGAACAAUAACAAAGAGCAGAGGAGAACCUUUUCCACAACAACAGCAAGUCAACAAAUAAAAUGAAAUUCGGAAAAUUUUAAGAAUUUUUGUGUUGUUUAACAUAAAAACCCGUGUCUGUGAAUAAAUGACGCUGCCAGCGCGACGGUUGUUUUGAGAUAAGAGAAGGGGAGCAAGUAGUAAUCAGCCGACCGACCGACCGACCACCACCGUCAUCAUCAUCAUCAUCUGCCAGAAACCGAAAACUAACCAACGUACCAACAGAAAAAGGAAGCGAAAUAAAAUGUUGAAAGAAAAUCGAUUUUGUAAUGCUUAACCAAAUGAAACCAACAUUUCAUGAAACAACAAAAUAAGAAAAUCGCCACUGUGAUGUUGAAAUAAAUUUUUUAAAAGAUUUUAUGUGAAAAGAAAACGACAAGUUAAAAAAAAGCUAAAGAAAAAUCUCAAAAUUUAAAUAGUAGAAAAAGUUUUAAGCAACUCAUGUAAACGGAAAUCUCAAUACUAGAUUAAAAAAAAAAUAAUCUAAAAAAAAAUCAACUAAAUAUAGAAAGAUUAAAAACCCAUUUUUGUUUUAAAUAACAACAAGACACUUGCACUUUGCUGUGAUUCACUAGCUUUUGCUGUCGGUCAUCUGUCAUGCGGUUUUUUUCCUCCAAUAUAUUUUAUAAGAAACAAGUUUUCGUGUUUUGAAACGCCAGACUGUCUUACAAAUGCUAAAUCUAUCAAUACUCUUAUUUUAAUGUUUUAAUGCAACUACCAUAAGCGAUAAAAGCCAGUAAUAAAAAAAAUGAAAUAACGACAACAAAAGCAUCAACAAAACUAAAUUGCCUUCAAUAACUGAUUAUUCAUUCAGACUACACCACACUACACUUGGAGAUUUUUAAUAAAACAACAAACGUUCGACCUUUUGUGCAUACAGCAUACAAAUUUUAAUGAGAACCAUAUAAGAAGCAACAACAACAAAAACAAAUAUUUUCGGUUAAGUAAUAAAAACAAAAAAAACAUCCCAUUAAUUGGGUAUUACUCAUACGCCUGCAGUGACAGCAAGUAUCCUCAAUUGUCUCUCAACCAACCAAGCACUCACCACUAUCCCGGGUGACAUCUUCCCUCUCCAAAAGCAUUAACUACCUACUGACUUCAUCAUCAGCAUCGGCAUCACCAUAUUACCGCACUGCGCUGCCUAUAACUCUCCAUAUUUGAGAAGUUGUUUUGACCAAAAACAAUUUCACUACUCGUACAUUCACUGCGAAUUCACUCACUCUUCUUAGCUCUCUCUCUCUCUCUUCUCCCCCCACAACUCCGUCAACACUUAACGACCCCAAAAAGUUGGCUGUGUGUUUGUAGUAAACUUUUUUAAUUUGACUGUUCGGUUUGUUUAUCUUUACUUCGACCACGUUUGCAACGUUUGCUCCAUCAAUACAUGAGUGUUUUGAAUUGUGCGGAUAUACUGCGUAAAGCCUUUUGCUGUUGUAGAUCAAAACAAAAGGCCACUCAGAAUGAGACUAUUCUCUACCAAGACGGCGAAGAUGAACCAGUAUAUCAAAAUACAUCAUUGGGAGAAUUACGAGAGGGCAUUAGUUUUACGGUGAAAGGACGUACAAAGAAGCAUUGUGAAAGAUUUUCCAUUAACUUCAUUAUAGAUAAUACUACACGCGAUGUAGCGCUUCACAUAAAUCCACGUCUACCUCAGAAUUACAUUGUCCGCAAUACCAAAGUUCGCAAUGCUUGGGGCCGUGAAGAGGUAGCCUCGGCUUUGCCCUUCAGCUUGAGACGUGGCGCUGCAUUUUCCGUUCAGAUCCUCUUCACCAAGGAAUGCUACAUGAUCUCAGUGAAUGGCUAUCAUUUUUGCAAAUUCUACCAUCGUCUGCCUUUCGAAAGUGUUCAGAUCCUUGAGGUCAAGGGUGAAAUUGAGGAUGUGGCCGUUGAACGUUUAGAAGUGCAGGAAUACCCAGAACGUUUACCCGAGUCUGUGCCGCAAAAAGUACGUUUGGGUCGUGCCUUGAGGGAGUCCAUAGCACUGCCAGAUGUGGCUGUAGAUGAAACCGACAGGGUGGCCACAGAAAAGACAGAGGAUCGCAUUGUAACACAAUGGCGUGUGGUCAAGACGGCCAAUGGAGACAUCGAAUAUGAACCUAAAAUCUUAGCUGUAGAUGAAAUUAAGCUACCCUACUAUGGUACCAUACCACUGAACUCAUUCCAAUUGGGUCGUGCUCUCAAGGUAGAGGGUCGUGUGCGGCUAUUGCCGCAAUCAUUUUACAUCAACAUGCAGUCGGGUCACAGUUGUUGGCCACAUCCCGUAGUGGCCUUGCAUUUAAAUCCACGUUUCACCAAACAGACUUCGGGAGCGAUUGGCCGGGCCACAGUCAUACGCAACUCUUGGCUCAAUGGCAAUUGGGGUCAGGAGGAAAAAUCCGAUUUGGAGACAAAGUUUCUGCCAGGCAAACCCUUCAGUUUGUGCAUUGUCCAUGCCAAUGAUUCGUUUCAGAUAUAUGUUAACCAUCAGCUCUUGACUGAGUAUAAGUUUCGUGUUAGUCCCAGUACCAUUGACACCAUCUACAUACAGGGUGAUAUUAAGCUGUUUGAUGUGGCGUUGGAGCCUUAUACAAAAUCGGUAGAAGUCUAAGGGGAGGAUGAUAGGCCUAAUUGAAUAUUGUGGAGGUAUUUGAAAGAGCUAAAAUGCAUUUGCUUAAAACUUUUCUAUGUUGUCUGCAGAAGUCGCGAAACGCAUUGUGAAUGGCCAAGAACUUUUUUUGGAUGAGACCUCGAGACAGCAACAAAAAUUUACCAAACAUUGUGUUAUUUAGUUUUUUAGGCUUAAAUUUUAUUGUUAAUUGAAAAAAAACCUUAACCAAAAGAUUGGCAUAUUCUACAAACUUAAAAAGGAAAAUCAGGAUCAAAAAUUAAUACCUUAACCCCAGGAAAAAAUUAAAAGAAUUUUUACAAAAAAAAAGAUCAAAUCUAAAAGAAUUCCAAUUUUCGAAAGCAAAAAAAAAAACAAAAAUUUAAAAGAAAGAGAAGAGACAAUAAAUUUACUCCUACAAAAUGUUUGUCGUAACAAAAAAACAAAAUGAAAGUGAAUGCAAAAAAGGAAAGCGACAGGGGAAGCAUUUUUUAAGGAAAUAAUUUUGCUAUUAAAAUUCAAAAAUGUAUUUGAUUUGGAAAAUAUUUCACAUAAAGAAUUUGAGUUUAAAUUCAUUUUCUAUGUCUUUAAGGUUCUGUUUAUUCCAAAUUAUUUCUUUUAAAAAAUGCUAUUCCUGUGUUCAUCGAAAAUGUUGUUUAUUACCAUUCUUUAAAACUACCACGAACCAUAAACUAACUCUAAUAUAUACCUUCUAUCUAUCUCUAGUUAUUAUAUACUCUAGCCCCUCUAUACCUUCUAUACUAAUUCCAAAGAACAUAUAUACUGCUCAUAUUUUGUUGCGUAUUGAUGAGAACACAAAGAAACCCUUGAGGAUUUUUUUAACAAUAAUUAGCAGCGUUUUUCUACACAAAUAACAUCUCUUUAGGUUUACUUUACGUUUUGUUUUUUUUCUCGUAAUGUAUUUCAAUGUUACAUUUUUCUAUGCAGGUAUUUAUAACAAAAAUACAAAAACAAAAUAAAAACAACCUAUGCUCUCAUAUAUUUAUGUGAAAUUUACCAUUUAUAUAUAUAUAUAGGCUAGUGUUUGAGAUCUUGUUGGGUUCCGAACCCCCCAAGUUGAAGAACAGAACAAAAAAAUUGAUUAAUAUUAACUAUGAUAUAUAAAUAUAAUAUUUCCAAACCACAUACAACAGACAUAAAUCUUUGUAAGAAAAAGUGCAAUUUUUUUCUAAUGAAUGUAAAAUACAUAAUUUUUAUCGCAAAAUAAAAGCAUAAAAAAAGUCAGCCAAGAUAAAAAGGGAAAGAAAAAGACAUCUUUUAUGCAAUGGAAAAUGGAAAAGGUAAA